GUUCAAUAUGACAGUACGAAACUCCGCAGUGCUAGCGCUGCUGGCUUCCACGUCUUCUGCUGUCAUUGUUCCACAACUGUCCAGUCCGGGUCGUAUUACUGGCACCAACUUCGGCAUCCCUGGACGAAAUGCAACAUACGACUACGUCAUUGUCGGCGGUGGCACUGCAGGGAGCGUAGUUGCAGCUCGGCUCACUGAGCACAGCAAUGCUUCGGUCGCUUUGAUUGAAGCAGGCAGCUUCUAUGAGUUGUCGAAUGGCAACUGGAGCCAGAUCCCCUACUGGUCUGAGCAAUGGGUCGGUGCUGAGCCUGACGAGUGGCAGCCGCUCAUCGACUGGGGUCUCUUCACUGAGCCGCAGGUUAAUGGCGAACGAAUCCACUAUGCACAGGGAAAGAACCUCGGUGGCAGUAGUGGCAGGAACCAGAUGAUGUAUCAUCGACCGUCUGUGGGCUCGCUACAGGCUUGGGCUGAUCAUGUCGGAGAUCAGUCUUGGAAUUGGGCGAACAUGACCAAGUACUACGAACGCAGCAUGACAUUCACUAGCAAUGUUGCCAACAGGACGGCAGCGAAUGGAAGUACCGUAUACGAUGCGAGCGCCUAUGGUGCCAGCGGUAGCAAUAGUCAGCCGCUCCACGUCAGCUACCCUAACUACAUCAACCCAUUGUCGCAGUAUGCUGCUGCAGCUUUUUCGGCAAUCGGACUCAAGCAGAUACCAGGCUUCGCCAGUGGAAUCUUGAACGGCUUCGGCUGGUGGCAAUUCACAAUCGACGGCCAGACAGGUCUCCGCAGCUCGGCAGAAAGCUCCUUCCUAGCUGAAGCAUUCGGUCGUCCGGGUUUGACAACGUACAUAAACGCCCAAGCAAGGAACAUCAUCUUCGAGAGCAGCACUGCAGCUGCUGUGAACGUAACUAACUAUGGCAUGAGGCCGUUUACCAUCUCGGCGCGCAAGGAAGUUAUCGUUUCCGCCGGAGCAUGGCACUCGCCUCAGUUGCUUAUGGUGUCUGGCAUUGGGCCAAAGGCGACAUUGGACGAGUUCGGCAUUGAGGUUGUGAAGGAUCUUCCAGGCGUCGGGCAGAACAUGUGGGACAGUACCAACAUCGGUGGCCCGGUAUACGAGAUCUCCCUUCCAGGCUUCACACACUGGCAGCAGCCGGGCCCGAUGGCGGAUGCUCAGGCACAGCUUCUGGCAAAUGGGAGUGGUCCACUGACGAACAUCGGUCUUGACGUUGGCGCAUGGGAGACCUUCUCAGAUCGCUCGAACUUCAGCGCAGGCACUCAGCAAGCCCUCUCUGGCAUUCCGGAAGAUUGGCCGCUCAUUGAAAAUUCCCUCGCCAGCUCCAGCCGCGUGUUAGAGUCCUCUGAUUCAGAAAAACAGUACGGUGUAAUUGGCUGUAUUCUCAUCGCAACAUCCAGCAGAGGCAACAUGACCAUCCAGUCCGCAACCAACAUGGACCCGCCAAUCAUCGAUCCUGGAUGGCUGCGUGAGGAAAGCGACCAGGAAGUUGCGAUUGAAGCGUAUCGCAGGGCUAGACAGGCGUGGCAGGCGAUACCCGAAGGUAUUCGCGGCCGAGAAGAAUAUUCGCCUGGCACCAACGUCACGACUGACGCGCAGCUGCUAGACUAUAUCAAGCAGCACAUUGCUCCGAUCCACCAUGCUUCGUCAUCUUGUGCGAUGGGCAAGCCAGACAACCCCAUGGCUGUUGUCGACUCAAAAGCGAGAGUGUUCGGCGUGCAGCGACUGAGGAUCAUCGACUCAUCGAGCUUUCCAUUCACCCCGCCUGGACACACUCAGGGAGUCACAUAUGCGCACGCGGAGAAGCUGGUCGAGGAUGUGUUGAACGACUACUUCGCUGAAGGAACAUAUUAGAGAUAGAAACGAUGAACACUAUCGCGAACAGCGAUGGAUAGAAGGCAAGAUUGUCGAGGAACGAACGUCUUUGAAGUCUAAAUAGAAAUACAAGGGUAUCUAGCAGUUUUGUGGCAAGCCCAAUUUCGCCGAUUGGCUGUCUU